AUGAUUCUGUUAUGGGUCACACUUCUUCUCCUUCAUCAAGGAUAUGGUUUGGUUCCAGUGAUCACAGCUCAUCUUGGUGAAACAACAACACUUACAUGCAAGUUGCCCGAUACUAAAGACAGACGUAAUAAACUUUUUUGGUACAGGCAAACUGCAGGACAUUCUCUGGAAGUAGUUGUAAAGCUCAUAAGUCUUGCAAACCCAGAGUAUGGAGCAGGUUAUUCUGACUCGAGAGUAAAAGCUGUACUUACUGACAACGUGAGCAACCUGACCAUUUUAAAAGCAGCUCAAGAAGAUGAAGGAAUGUAUCACUGUGGCUUUAGCGACUGGAGCCAAAAUGUUUGGCGGGGGACCUACUUGUUAAUAAAAGGAAACACUGUGGUGUCUUCAAAUUACACAGUUGUUCAGACGCCAACAAUAUCAAAACCAGUUCAUCCAGGAGGCCCAGUGACUCUUCAGUGUUCGGUCCUCUCUAGCUCUGACAGCAAGAAAUGUUCAGGAGAUCUGAAUUUGUUCUGGGUAAGAGCAGGAGACAAAUCUCUUCCAAACUACAUCUAUACUGAUGGAAACAGAGAAAACAAAUGUGAAGAGAAACUGGACUCUCAGCAGAGAUGUGUGUAUAACUUCUCUAAGACGGUCAAUGCCUCUGAUGCGACUUUCUACUGUGCUGUGGCCACAUGUGGAGAGAUAUAUUUUGGAGAUGGAACCAAUAUGGAUAUUAAAGAAUCCAGCUUGUGGUCCCAGGAUGCUAGAAAAGUCAUUAUUCUUCUCUCUGCUGCUCUGGCAGUAAGUCUGGUUGUGAUCGCUCUUCUUAUUUACUUCAGCCUGAAAAAUAAAUGUGUUCACUGUACAGCUGAUUCAGAGUUGCAGAAAAACAUCAGCAGACAGAAACCUCAAAAGAGAUGUAAGGAUGGAUGGAUUUACUCUGCAGCCAUCUUUACUACAAUAAAGUCUGACUGGGCAGGACUGAAGAAAGAAGCAGAGAAAGAGAGGAUCUACGCCGCUGUUGAAGCUUUUGGAUUAAAUUGAGGAAAUUGUUUGCUUUAACCUUAAACUAAAUAAAGGAAUAAAUAAAGACUUCUUUUUUGCAAUG